AGAAGUGGAAAUUGCUUAUUGGCUCACAAGCCUCCUUACAGUACCACUGUGAUAAGGAAGGGUUCAACGCUGUUUGUAGCUGGAGUAAAACUUCCAAAGCUAGAAUUGGUAUCUUGAGUAACAAUGAAGAUCUUUGCUCCAGUUGUGAUUCUAGAAUCGGCUUUGGGACGGGAGGGACUCCGGAUGACUCUAACACAUGCGGAAAUUCCGCAGUGUAUCCAACAGAUAACGGUAAAAAACUCAUCAAGGCCAUGGGAUAUAUCUUGGUUCAGUGACAUGUACACGUCGAAAAAACACACUUUUUUAGCAAUGUAAAUAUUUAAUAUUAAGGCGAUCUUCGUAUUCGUUUCAUAAUCCGCGGUUCAAAUAUAUGCUAUUUAUUUAUUUACAGUCAUUUAUUCAUCACUUCACAGAUUUAUUACGAACCAAAAUAAUGAUUAGCUCUCAAUUGGCUUGUUAGCUCAUUUGGUAGAGCACUGCACCGGUGCCGCACGAACUUGAAUUUUUUUUAGUCAUUAUUAUUACUACUGCUUAAGUACUGCUCAUUAUUGUGAAGAUCGCUUUCGUAUUCAUUUCUCAAUAAGCAGUUCAUAUACAUGAUUUUCAUUUAUUCAUACAGUCAGUGUAGAAUUAUGUUGGCAACUAAGCUACCCAGGCCACGUCAAUGGAGAUUUAUCGCUUUCGCAAAUUUAAUGUUUCAUACUGAUCUUACCUCUAUUGUCCCUUAGUCGCCAGUUACCUUAU